GUGUUGCUGGGCCUGCUGGUCUGUGGCGAGCUGCGGACGCCGGUCUCUCAUCUGCAGGAUGGGGUUUGUGAAGGUUGUCAAGAAUAAGGCUUACUUCAAGAGAUACCAAGUGAAAUUUAGAAGACGUCAAAAGGGUAAAACUGAUUAUUAUGCCAGGAAACGCUUGGUAAUUCAAGAUAAAAAUAAGUACAACACACCUAAAUACAGGAUGAUAGUUCGUGUAACCAACAGAGAUAUCAUCUGUCAGAUUGCUUAUGCCAGCAUAGAAGGAGAUAUGAUAGUUUGUGCAGCUGAUGCUCAUGAACUCCCAAAGUAUGUUGUGAAAGUUGGCCUAACAAAUUAUGCUGCAGCAUAUUGUACCGGCCUGCUGCUGGCCCGCAGGCUCCUUAAUAGGUUUGGCAUGGACAAGAUCUAUGAAGGCCAAGUGGAAGUGACUGGAAAUGAGUACAAUGUGAAAAGCAUUGAUGGUCAACCUGGUGCCUUCACCUGCUAUUUGGAUGCAGGGCUUGCCAGAACUACUACUGGAAAUAAAGUUUUUGGGGCCCUCAAGGGAGCAGUGGAUGGAGGCUUGUCUAUCCUUCGCAGUACCAAACGAUUCCCUGGUUAUAAUUCAGAAAGCAAGGAAUUCAAUGCAGAAGUACAUCGAAAGCACAUCAUGGGUCAGAAUGUUGCAGAUUAUAUGCGUUACCUAAUGGAAGAAGACGAAGAUGCAUACAAGAAACAAUUCUCUCAAUACAUAAAGAACAACGUAACUCCAGACAUGAUGGAGGAGAUGUAUAAGAAAGCUCAUGCUGCUAUACGAGAGAACCCAGUCUAUGAGAAGAAGCCUAAGAAAGAAGUUAAAAAGAAGAGGUGGAAUCGUCCCAAAAUGUCUCUUGCCCAAAAGAAAGAUCGGGUAGCUCAGAAGAAGGCAAGCUUCCUUCGAGCUCAGGAGCAGGCUGCUGAGAGCUAAUAAACCAAACCACAAUUUUCUAUGAAGAUUUUUCAGAUAUAGACAAUAAUAAACUUUUCAUCAA